AUGUCCCCUGCUCUUACCAAGAGGUCCUUCUUCCUGUUUCCCAGAGAUCGGGCAGUCAAGGCAUUCGUCAUCGAUGAGUACAACCUUAUACCCAAGCUGCUUCCCCAGCUCAUCAACGAAAACUAUAUUUACAAGGCAACUUUAAUCAAGGGCGGCAACGGCACGCUAUGGGAGAAGGUGGACUCUAUUGUCUAUGAGGUCAGGUAUGUCACUUCAGGACCUGACAAAUGCAUCGUUAAGGUGGCAGGCGAGUACCAUCUGAAGGAAGGUAUCACGCUCGAAGAAGAUGACAUUGAGAGAAACCAUCACACAAACAAGAGAUUCUAUGAAAUAAUGGCAGCAUACCUCGUUGCGAACCCCAUCACCUACACAUGA